GAUUGUAUCGAGUUGGAACUAAAUCUGUUCGAGCCUCGAAAGGAUGAUGCGGCGAAGGUGGUAACAAACUGAUCUCGAUCGAGCAGUGUAUCAGUCGAGCGUUAAAAAACGGGAGGGAAAGUGAGAGGUGCGCAUGUUAUUCAACGUCUGCCAGUCGAGUGAAAUUUCGAUAUCGAGAGCACACAGCCGCGUAGGGGGAAAACCUAUUCCCUCUAAAAUGCAAUAUGGAGUCAUUUUUUGAAUUGUUUGACCCGGACAAUCGCAAAGGCACUCGAAAGGAUACAUGGAAUGAUUCUGAAAAUGAAGGGAACGGAAUGUCCGAUGAAAAUUCAAGCAUCGAUGACGAUCACGAGGAAAGACUACCUCCGGAACCAGAACAGGGUAACGUGGAAUAUAAGCUGAAGUUGAUAAAUCCUUCUAGUCAACGAUUCGAACAUUUAGUCACGCAGAUGAAAUGGCGACUAAGAGAGGGCCACGGAGAGGCUAUUUACCAAAUUGGUGUGGAGGACAAUGGAAGAUUGACAGGAUUGACAAGAGAAGACAUGAAAGCAUCUUUGAAGACUCUAAAUGAUAUGGCGGCCAGAUUAGGUGCUACGACGAGCAUGUUACGCGAAAGGCCUGCCAAUUCUAAAAAUAAACAUAGGUCGGCGCAUGGUAACAACAAAGAGGAAAGACGGGUAGCGGAAGUGCUGGUGAAAAAAUUGAGAAAAGGAGACAGGGAGGAUCAGGAUAGUAUUGUCGAUUUAAGACUUGCCGUCACUGGUGCGCAGGAUGCUGGGAAAUCAACUCUCUUAGGCGUAUUGACCCAGGGUGAAUUAGAUAAUGGUAGAGGAAGAGCGAGACUGAAUAUGUUGCGACAUCUUCACGAGAUAAAAACGGGUCGUACGUCAUCAAUAUCGCACGAAAUCAUAGGGUUCGAUGCGGAGGGACACGUCUUAAAUUAUGCGGAAAUGGCUACCGCGGAAGAAAUAUGCGAGCACGCAUCAAAAGUCGUUACGUUUAUAGAUUUAGCCGGUCAUCGCAAAUAUUUGAGAACUACAGUGCUUGGUCUUACAGGGUAUUCCCCCCAUCACGUUAUGCUGGUCGUAGCGCCACCGAUGAACGAAGCGUCGCAGGAACAUAUGGCCUUGUGCCUGACAUUGGGACUUCCUUUCUUCGUGGUUGUAAACAAGAUCGACCUCGGAUUUUGUAGCACGUCGGAGACGAUAAAUCAGUUGAAGAGCGCGAUUAGCGGCCAGGGUUAUUCCAAGCAAUUAGUAAUGUACAACGACAACCAAAUACCGUGGGAUUACGAAUCCGACGUAAUACCUGUGUUCAAUGUGAGCUGCGUCACUGGAGAGGGCUUAGGGCAUUUAACGAAUUUCAUCAAGAACUUGUCGCCCCACGACGUGAAUUCUACGAAUUCAGAUUCCGAGUCCUGCCUGUUUCAAAUCGACGAAACCUUUAGGGUAGCGGGUUUGAACGAACCUGUUCUGGGUGGAUUGCUUGUGAAAGGAGCAAUCGCUCCAGGUACUAGAUUAUUGGUAGGACCUUUGCCAGACGGGGAGUUCAGCCCUGUGAAGGUCGUCAGUCUGCAUCGCAACAAGGCUCCGUGUUGCUUGGUGAGAGCAUCGCAGAGCGCUAGUUUGACAUUGGCACCGCCGUCGAAUCGAAGCCCUCCCUUACCGCACUUACGACCUGGAAUGGUUUUGGUUUCUGUGUGGGACCAGCCACGCGCAACGCUGUUCUUCCAAGCGACCGUGUUGAUAGUGUAUCACGCGACCGCGAUAUUUUCUGGGUUCCAAACGACGGUGCACGUGGGGAACGUGAGGCAAACGUGCAUCAUUAAAGGUAUAAUGGAUGCGAACGAUAGAGGUUUACAAACCAAUGACACGGCAUCCGUGCUAUUCAGGUUUGUCAAUCAUCCGGAGUAUCUUCACGUGGGGAUGCGACUGUUGUUGAGGGAGGGUCGCACCAAAGGGAUCGGUAAAAUCACACAAAUAUUUCCCUUGAUAGGUCAACAAAGCGGUAUGCAAUAAUUUAGGCGAAAUUCCGCAUGUAAAAAGUAUUAAACGUUAUAUAGAUUGUUUAUGAGGUUGUAAGAAAUUUAGUUAUUUUAACGCGAAAUAUGUAAUUAUAAUACGUACCCUAGUGUAAGUAUCGGGAAAUUAUCGACUCCUUUGAAAUAACCUUUGAUGAACGUACACGUAUACGUUCAGUUUGAUUUUUCAUUAUGGUUUUGAUUUACUUGAGGAAAAACGAAUCCCAGAAAGUCGCGAGAACAUUGAAAAGUAUGUUUUGGAUCGUUACGAGCGGCGCUACAGACGAAUAUCUAUGAUAUAAUUUAAAGUUGUCAAGAUCUUUUUAAGAGUAAGAGAUUCUAACAUCUUGGUAAAUUUCAUUUCAUCGUUGUACUAUAGUUUCAUUAUAGUAUUUAUGAAAUCAUCGUUUAUCGCUAACUUUAGUUUGUAUCGCGAAAUAAAUUAUUGUCUCGUUGGUGUGAUAUUUUGCCUAUAACUAUUAAAAAAUAAAAAUUCUUUGUGAGUACAAUCAUUAACUUAAUGCAAUGUUUCAUAAAAAAAAAAAAGUAUUAAUCUUAAGCGUGAGAAAUAAAAGUUAAAAUAGUAUUGAAAUCAAAUAAUACGGAAGAAAUAUUUUUGCAAUCGAUUACUAUUCCAUUAUAAGUCGAUAACUAUCGAAUACAAUAAUUUUAGUUCGUAAACCAUCAAAGUCGAAAAUUCUGUGUAUCGUUAGAAAAAGCUACUUAAUUAUAGACGAUUGUACUUACACGUGUAUCCAAAUUGAUGGGUAACAUUAUUCGAAGUUACUCGUCCUGUAAAACAUGUAAAGCGUUACGCUGUAAAUUCUACAGCCGUCCGAAUUAAGAUCUCCGAUUUAUUUCAGUUAAAUCUCGAUUGCAACGUUGUAUUAUAAACUGUAAAAUACUUUGAAUAAAACAAAACAAUUUAUUAUAACAUA